AUGACAAUACUGAAGACCUUUUUACUAGAAGUAAAGUAAUAAAAGCAAAGAGAUGAAUAUCUAAAUAUUAAAUAGGAUGUUUUGUAAGAUUGUGAUCUAAUCGAUAAAUUGAGAAGAGAUUCAGUAAAGUUUAUUGAAAUUUUAGAGUAUGAGAUAAGAAAAACAAUAUCCUUCUCUAAAUUUAGAUACAUAGAUGUAAUAAAGAAAUAUGAUAAAUUAAAAGAAUAAAUUAUAGGGAUGUAGUAAGAAUGGAUUUCAUUACCAAAAUUAUUUAAUUAACCUACACUAGCAAUAACAUGGAACUUAAAAUCAAUGACAGAAGCAGAAAAACAUUAAUUAAAGUUAAUUAAAUAAAAUAAGCCUAAACAUAAAGAAUACAGAAGAAAAUGUGAGGAAUUAUUAGAUAGUAUGUUUAGAUUCUAUGUUGAAGUAUAAUAGUUAUAAUCAUUCUUAAAUAUAAAUUAUGAAGCUACUAGAAAAAUAAUAAAAAAAUUUAAAAAAUAAGAGAUCAGAGGAAUAAUGGAUGUAAAUGAAAACAUUUUUUUAAAAGUUAAUGAAUUUUAAAAUGAAAUUCAUGAAUUACCUAAAAGAUUAAAAAUGAUAAAGGACGAAACAGAAUCAAUAAUUAUUUAAAAUUUCUAUAAACAUGAUAAGUAAAAAUUAUUAUAAAAUUUAUAGUCCAAAAAAGUGUAGAGAAUUUUUGAGAAGAUAUACAGAACAAAAUUAAUUAUCAAAUGAAAGUAUAUUUUAUUUUGGAUUUUUUGCUGGAUUUGCUGCUUUAAUGAUUAUAAUUCUUUUAUUAAUGAGAUAUGAUGGAUAUUUAGAUCCAAACUCUGAUAAAGUUUUUAAUAAAGUUUUUCCUUGUUUUAGAGGAGUUGCAUUAUUUAUAUUUUACUUUUGGAUGAUAUCUCUUGAUGUAGCAGGAUGGAAUUACUUUAAUGUUAAUUAUAAGCUAUAUUUGGGAUUCAAUCAUCAUUAUUCAACAUUAUCUGAAAUAUUAAAAAGAGUUACUAUUUUUAGUACAAUUUAUUUAUUAACAUUCAUAAUUUAUUGUGUUUAAGAAGAAGAUAUUGGAAAAUUAGCUUAAGAAUUAUAAGUUUUUGAUGUAAGACUAUAUCCUCUAAUAAUAUGGGUAUGCUUAUUGAUAUAUGUUUUUUAUCCAUUUAAAAAGAUCUUUAAUCCAGAAGGAAAGAAAUAUAUGUUCAAAAUGUUUUAUGGAAUGAUAUGGGGAUUUAUAUUUAAUUAUGAAUCAAGAUAUACAUUUAUGGCAGAUUAAUUUGCAUCAUUCACUACUCCAAUCAGAGAUUUAGACUAUACAAUCUGUUAUUAUUAUUAUAUUGUAAAUUAUCAUUUCAUUUUAGAUAUUCAAAGGUUAUGAACAUGAUGGAUAAUGUGAACCUAGGACAAGAUUUACUAGUGCACUUCCAGCAACAGUUCCUUAUUUAAUUAAAUGUGCUCACUAUAUAGUUAGAGCAAGAGUUAAAGGUAAAUUAUUUGGAACAGAUGAAUGGUAUAACUUUUUAAAGACUGCAAAUGCUGCAUAAGUUGGAGUAUGGUCAUUUUUGGCUAGAAGAAAUCCUGAUGUUACUGAAUUUAGAAUCAUUUGGAUAAUUGUAGCUAUAAUAAGUACAUUUUGGUAAUAUUAUUGGGAUUUAGCUAAAGAUUUUUUAUUUUUUGAAAAAGAUUCAAAAUAUAAAUUCCUUAGAAAUGAUUUAGGAUAUAAUAGUCCAACAAUAUAUUAUAUUUUUGCUGGUGUAAAUUUAAUAUUAAGAUGUACUUGGGUUUUAUCAUUAUCACCAGAUAUAUGUAAAUUAUUUGGUAUCAAAAAUGAAUUAUUUAUUUUAUUGGUUGGAUUUUUGGAAAUGAGUAGAAGAUUCCUUAACAAUUUUUUAAAAGUUGAAAAAGAACAUAUUGUUAAUUUACGUUCAUUAAAAGUUGUCUAAGAUCUAAAGUAUCCAUUUUAAGUUCAUAAGGAAUUAGUUGAAUUUAAUAAUCGUGAUCAUUGGUCUGUUUCCUCAUUUUUGCAACCUAAUUCAGGAUUUCAAUCUUUAAAAGAUGAAGUAGAAUUUGAAAAUAGGCCAAGUUUUGUUUAAUUAUUCUAAGGACUAACUUAAUAGAUUGAUUAAGCAAGAUAACCACCUCAAAUUAGUAUUAAUGAAUAAAGUUUUUCAUAACAUACAUAAAAUAUUAAUAAACUUUCAAAUGUUAAAUAAACAAUAAAAAAGUCUGAAAGCAAAUAAGAAAUUUAUUUAGAGUAUCAAUAAAGAGAAUCAAAAUAUUCAAAUGGAACAUAAUUUUUAAAGAUACCUCUUAUUAAGAAUGUUAGUUAACUUAAUUUUCAAUCUGCUUAAUCUUCUUAUAAUGAUAAUUUAUCAGAUGGUGAAGAUAAAAAUAAUGAUGAUUAAAAGAGAGAUACCUUACAUGAUAUUAGAUUAAUGACAGAAGAAAAUUAAAUAAUUGAAAAAGGUAAAAAGAAAGAAAGUUUAGAGAGAUAAUGGAUUAAAGAGUUAAAAUAAGAAAAUAAAAAAUAUAAAAAAUUAAUUUAUAAAAGAUAUGAAAUAUUUAGAGUGUAAAAAACAACUGAAUGA